AACUUGACACUUAAGUUUCUAUGACUUUUAUAGGUUGAAUGUUAAUUUUUCACCUUUUAAAAUAAUUUCCCUCAGACUGUUUUUCUAACAUUGAAGAAUGCCUGAGCAAGGAGUCCCUGAUAAUUUGUUUAUGAAAUUUAUGUACACAGUAUACAAUGCUGUUGAUGGUCCUAUUACAUGGGUGCGAGAAACAAUUGUCGAACCCAACCAGAAAGUCUAUCCAUGGUACCACCAGAAAUUUCGUCGUGUACCGUCAAUAGAUGAAUGCUAUACUGAUGAUCCAGUUUGCUAUAUGGAAGCUAAUUUACAAUACAGAAGAGAUAGGCAAGUUGACGAACAAGUUUUAAGUAUUCUACGUCAACGUUUUGAACAUUGCGUAAUAUACGAAGGUCCAGAUCACAUGAAGAAGUGUAAACCUUUAUUAGAUAUUUAUGAAGAAGCUAGCACAAAUUGGUUCAUCAAAUAUGGUGACCUUGGUGGUUACCAUAAUGUUCUAUCGGCUUAUAUGAAGCAGAAACACCGAAUGAUCUGGGAACGUCGACAUGGACCAGUAGGUAGUGGUGUUAGAACUGAAGUGAAAGAAGCAGAGCAGUAAAUAUAAUUUUACGAAGAGUAGUAACAAUUGUAUCAUAAUUGAAGAGAAUAAAAGUGUUGUUAUUCUA